AUGGACCCCCCUCGAAUACCGCCCGUGAACGUCGAAAUCGAUGAACUAAAUUGGUUCGACAUCCAGCGCAAAAUUUAUAUCCUCAAUGCCCAAGUCAAUUUCUUGAGAGGCAUGCUGCGGGACAAAGAGGAGAUUUUGCAACGCAACAGCCCUAGGAAAACCGAGAGGGCCAUGCAAGCGUUUGCCUUAACUCGACGCCCAGAAGACGAUAUUUUACAGGCCAAGUCAAGGGUCAGGUUUCUCAUGAUGGCCUUGGUCGGACCGGGAGACUUUGACCGGCCAAGAAUGCAAGAAUUGUUGGCCAUUGCUGAGCGGCAUCUAGACCUACUGCACGAGGAAGGACAUGCCUACAACGAGAUGAUGAACCGAUAUUUGAUUCAAAUGGAAAUGGAUCAGAUGUUACAUGAUGAGAUAAGGCAUCAAGCUAACGUGCUGCGAGGUUAUAUCACCCAAUUGGUGGGGGAGGUGCAGAGACUCCAACGGACAAGGCUGGCCAUCGCUGCUUGA